UCACUUCCGGCGCUCCGCCGGCAGCGUCUCCGCACGGUGGGCUGGGCACGUCGUGCCGGGGUAGUUUGGUGGGUAGGUUGAGGCAACGAUCCAGCGGUGGCUAGUGCAGCGGGCCUGGGGAAUAUUGGCUUUGGCCAUGGAUGGCUCCUUCGUCCAGCACAGUGUGAGGGUUCUGCAGGAGCUCAACAAGCAGCGGGAGAAGGGCCAGUACUGCGACGCCACCCUGGACGUGGGGGGCUUGGUGUUCAAGGCACACUGGAGUGUCCUUGCCUGCUGCAGCCAUUUCUUCCAGAGCCUCUAUGGGGAUGGGUCAGGGGGCAGUGUUGUCCUUCCUGCCGGUUUCGCGGAGAUCUUUGGCCUCCUUCUGGAUUUCUUCUACACUGGACACCUUGCCCUCACCUCAGGCAACCGGGAUCAAGUGCUCCUGGCAGCCAGGGAGUUGCGAGUGCCAGAGGCCGUGGAGCUGUGCCAGAGCUUCCAGCCCAAAGCCUCAGUGGGACAGGCAUCGAGUGGCCAGAGUGGGCCGGGGAACCCUGCCUCUCAGGAUGCAGACAGCCACCUUGAGGAGUCGAUGAACUUGGAGGAAGAGGAAGGUUCAAGGACUCUGGGCCUGGUUCCCAGGGAUCAGGAGCCCAGGGACAGUCACAGCCCUGAGAGGCUCCAGCUCAGUUCCCCUGCUAAGGCUGAGAGCCCCUCCUUCCUCCAUGGGAAACUCAAGCAGGCUGUAAAGCCUUGUCCCGCAGAAGACAAGGAACCUGAUGACUGCGAAAUGCCUACGAGGCCCUUGGAGGCUGAAGGUGCCCAGCUGCAGGGCGGGAGUAAUGAGUGGGAAGUGGUGGUUCAAGUUGAGGACGACGGGGAUGGCGAUUACGUCUCGGAGCCCGAGAGUGUGCUUAUCAGGAGGAAGUCGCACGUAACCAGAAAGCCCUGUGCUGCCGAGCCAGCCUUGGGUUCAGGUUCCCUAGCGGUUGAGCCCCCUGAGAACAGAAGAGGGACAGCAGUGCCUGUUGAGUGCCCCACGUGUCAUAAAAAGUUCCUCAGCAAGUACUACCUAAAAGUCCACAACAGGAAGCACACUGGGGAGAAACCCUUCGAGUGUCCCAAGUGUGGGAAGUGUUACUUCCGGAAGGAGAACCUCCUGGAGCACGAAGCCCGGAACUGCAUGAACCGCUCGGAGCAGGUACUCGGGAGCUGGCUCAGCACCCCCCACCCCAGGCAGACUUCCCAGCAGCGAGCGCAAGCCCGGCAGAGGCUGCCGCAGCAGGCAGACGCCCCCGCUGAUGCCGGCCCUGCCUGCCCCUCGCACUGCCAGGUCUUCACAUGCUCCGUGUGCCAGGAGACCUUCCGCCGGAGGAUGGAGCUGCGGGUGCACAUGGUGUCGCACACGGGGGAGAUGCCCUACAAGUGCUCCUCCUGCUCCCAGCAGUUCAUGCAGAAGAAAGACCUGCAGAGCCACAUGAUCAAGCUGCACGGAGCCCCCAAGCCCCACGCAUGCCCCACCUGCGCCAAGUGCUUCCUCUCUCGGACUGAGCUGCAGCUGCAUGAGGCCUUCAAGCACCGCGGGGAGAAGCUGUUUGUGUGCGAGGAGUGUGGGCACCGGGCCUCGAGCCGCAACGGGCUGCAGAUGCACAUCAAGGCCAAGCACAGGAACGAGCGUCCGUACGUGUGUGAGUUCUGCAGUCACGCCUUUACCCAAAAGGCGAACCUCAAUAUGCACCUGCGCACGCACACAGGGGAGAAGCCCUUCCAGUGCCAUCUCUGCGGCAAGACCUUCCGCACCCAAGCCAGCCUGGACAAGCACAACCGCACCCACACGGGCGAGCGGCCCUUCAGCUGCGAGUUCUGCGAGCAGCGCUUCACGGAGAAGGGGCCCCUCCUGAGGCAUGUGGCCAGCCGCCACCAGGAGGGCCGUCCCCACUUCUGCCAGAUCUGUGGCAAGACCUUCAAAGCCGUGGAGCAGCUACGCGUACAUGUCAGGCGGCACAAGGGGGUGAGGAAGUUCGAGUGCACGGAGUGCGGUUACAAGUUCACACGGCAGGCCCACCUGCGGAGGCACAUGGAGAUCCACGACCGCGUGGAGAACUACAACCCGCGGCAGCGCAAGCUCCGCAACCUGGUCAUCGAGGACGAGAAGAUGGUGGUGGUGGCGCUGCAGCCACCUGCGGAGCUGGAGGUGGGCUCAGCCGAGGUCAUCGUGGAGUCCCUGGCCCAGGGCGGCCUGGCCGCCCAGCUCCCUAGCCAGAGACUGUGUGCUGAGGAGGGCUUCGCCGGCCCGGGUGUCCUGGAGCCCUCGCUCAUCAUCACGGCUGCGGUGCCCGAGGACUGUGACACAUAGCCCGCUCUGUCCUCUGGGCGCAGUCCCAAUAAACCUGCAGUUUUGGA